UGCAGCCUUUUUCUGAUGGCUCAAACGCAGCCAUGGUUCACACUCAGCGAAACUGGAACCCAGAUCACGAGGGUUGCAACAGUGAAUUGCUGAGAGGCAUACUAUAUAUAUAUGUAUAUCAGAUCAGCCGCCCACAGAGUAGGAGAGACGGUUAGAUAUUCUCAGUUCCGAAGAAUAUUGAGGUUUUAGGGUUUUUGUCUCUCGUCUUCAAACCCCCCUCUGGUAGCUCGGUGUUGUGGUGUGUGAGUAUAGCGGACUUUUGUGCCCUCAUUGCUCUAGAAGGACGUCGCUUAAACUCCGAGCCAGUGCUGAAGCCUUCCUGGAGGAGUGAAGGCCGCCAUGGCUAGUCUCUCCUCGCAUCUUGUUAGACCUUGCGUUUCCGAGAUCUCGUUUGGUUCAAAACUUGCAAGGAACGAGGACUUGCGUGUGCAAGGAGCGUGUAAACUUGGAGGUCGGACCGGAUUGGAGAUAGGAGGCUUGGGUGGUGGUGAGGAUUUGAAGUGUGGUUCAGUACGGACCAGGGAGUUGUGUAUAGGUUGGAAGGGAAAGAGGACUGCGGUGGGAGUGCGAGCCUCAGUAGAUGGACCGCUCAAUAGAGGAAGAAAUGUUCAGAGCCCCAAGGGGUCGACUCCGCAAGUAAUUGCUACCUCUGGCAUUGCUGCUCCUACAGUUGAGGAUCCGGCUGAUGUAGACCUUGUCGUGGAUGCGCCUCCCAAGCCUGAGCCGCUGCCAAGCACACCUGAGUAUCCCCAUGUUAUGCCCGGCUCUUUGCAGUACGAGGCGGGUAAAGUGGGUGGAAUUUCAGAGCGGACGAGGGAUCUGGAGAGUGACAGUAAAGCUCCCACUGCGAUUUCCUACUUGACACGUAUUUUGACUGCUAAGGUCUAUGAUGUUGCUAUCGAAAGUCCUCUUGAGCUUGCUAAGAAGCUCAGUGAGCGAUUGGGCGUGAAAAUGCUGUUGAAGCGCGAAGAUAUGCAGCCGGUUUUUUCUUUCAAGCUGCGCGGCGCGUACAACAUGAUGGCCAAGCUUCCCAGAGAACAAUUGAAGAAGGGAGUGAUUUGUUCGUCAGCAGGAAACCAUGCUCAAGGGGUUGCCCUAUCUGCACGUAGGUUGAAUUGCGAUGCUGUAAUAGCUAUGCCAGUCACCACCCCAGAAAUCAAGUGGAAAUCGGUUAAGAGGUUAGGAGCGACGGUUGUUCUAGUUGGAGAUUCUUAUGAUGAAACACAAGCUUAUGCCAAGCAGCGUAGUUUAGAUGAAGGCCGUAUAUUCAUUCCUCCAUUCGACGACCCUGAAGUCAUAGCAGGUCAAGGUACGGUAGGCAUGGAGAUUGUGCGUCAACACCCGGGCCCUCUGCAUGCAGUUUUUGUUCCUGUUGGUGGUGGCGGACUUAUUGCAGGCAUCGCUGCAUAUAUGAAGCAAGUUCGCCCGGAGGUGAAGAUUAUUGGUGUGGAGCCUGCUGAUGCCAAUGCAAUGGCUUUGUCACUUUACCAUGGUAAACGUGUUGUCCUGGAUCAAGUUGGGGGCUUUGCUGACGGAGUUGCAGUGAAAAUGGUUGGGGAAGAAACAUUUCGACUUUCUCGGAAUCUCUUAGAUGGUGUGGUGUUAGUCAGCCGUGACUCCAUUUGUGCUGCUAUCAAGGAUAUGUUCGAGGAAACCAGAAGCAUCUUGGAGCCCGCUGGAGCUUUAUCUCUUGCUGGAGCAAAAGCCUAUUGUCAGUAUUAUGGUAUCAAGGAUGAGUCUGUGGUUGCUAUCACAAGUGGGGCUAAUAUGAAUUUUGAUCGUCUCCGAGUGGUGACAGAGUUGGCUGACGUCGGUGCGCGCAAAGAAGCUGUUCUUGCAACUUUCAUGCCUGAAGAGCCAGGUUCAUUCAAGAAGUUUCAACAGAUGGUUGGAUCCGUCGAUAUCACAGAAUUCAAAUAUCGUUACACCACCGACCAAGAAGCUCUUGUUUUGUACAGUGUGGGUCUUCAUAAAGAAGAGGAGCUCUCGGCCUUGAAGGAGCGUAUGGAAGGUGCCAAUAUGCGCACUAUGGACUUGACGAACAAUGAUCUUGCUAAAGAUCAUCUGCGGCAUCUGAUGGGAGGACGUGCACAUGUACAGCAUGAGCUUCUCUAUCGGUUUGUGUUUCCCGAGCGACAAGGUGCACUCAUGAAAUUUCUUGACGCUUUUUCACCAAGCUGGAAUAUUACACUUUUCCACUACCGCUCACAGGGUGAGAUGGGUGCCAAUGUACUUGUUGCCUUACAGAUAACCAAGGAAGAUGAGCAGGCGUUUAUUGAUCGUGCUAAUGCACUAGGCUACGAAUUCCAAGAUGAGCGCAACAAUGAGGCAUUCCAAUUGAUACUGCGAUGAAUCAUUAAUAAAUCCUUAUUUUUUCGUCUUGCCCAACA